GGAGCGGGGCCGCGGCUCCUCCCGGGCCCGUCAGCGCCGCCCUCAGCGUGGGGCUGCCGGGGCCCUCCCCCGGCGCCGCUCCGCCUCCUCCUCCUGCGGCGGCCGGGACAUGGCGGCGGCGCUGCGCGGGGCUCUGGCGGGGCUCCUCCGGCCGCUCGGCAGCUGGGCCCCGCGGGCAGCCCGAGGCGUCGGCGCGGGGCGAGGCGUGCCCGUGAGGGGAUUCGGGCGGCUGCGGGAGGCGGCGCCGCUGGGGAAGGGGCUGGGGCCCCUCGGGAGCCUGCCCGCUGGGGGCUUCCCCUCCGUCCUCGGCAGAGUCACACCUCUACUUCCAACUAUACUUCAGCAGCCAGUGAGGACCGUCACUUACUACAGUUUACGGAAAGGAAAGAGGAAAACUGUGAAAGCUGUCAUUGACAGGUUUCUCCGACUGCAUAAUGGCCUUUGGGUGAGGAGAAAGUCUGGUUACAAGAAGAAAUUGUGGAAGAAGUCUUCUGCCCAGAAGAAGCGUUUGAGAGAGAUGGUGCUGUGCACUAGAACACAAUGUAAGCUCCUCGAUAAAAUGACCACUUCUUUCUGGAAAAGAAGAAACUGGUAUGUUGAUGAUCCCUACCAGAAGUACCAUGACCGCACAAAUCUUCGUGUGUAGAAAUUGUUAUUUUUUGCAUCUUUCUACGAAAGAGGUGGUGUCUUGUGUGGUAUGGCCCCAGUAUCUUAAUUUUAGAUCAUAAAUCUAAUGUGUUACUUUUAUAAAUAAACAUACGUGUAUCAUGUGAUCAGAAUUCUGGGUAUUGGGGCCCAAAAUAAAGGAAUAUUCAAGACUA